UUUAAGAAGAGAUCUUUAAUUCUAGUCGAAGACGCGGACUUACUUUUUGAAGGUUUCGACGAAGGUUUUAUCUCUGCAAUAGCCGCUCUAUCCCUAACCUCGAAACGUCACUUGGUAUUCACUGUCAACAACAAAAAGCCUCAACACUUUUCGAAAUUCGUCAGGCCAUCCGAUCUAAUGCUGGAGUUCCAACGGCCGUCUUCAAGUAACCUAGUGUUAAAACAGGUGAUGGUAAUCGCGGUAGAGAUGGCCUCCACCGUCCACGUCGACCACCAACCACCUCCACCUCCCGGUCAGUGUGGAUUGAGGUCGCAGAAACAGAUCGAAAGCCGCAUAAUAAUUCAAGGAUUCCGUGAAAUAGAAGUAUAG